CCCCACCCCAACUGCACAAAAACAGUGUAGCUAGCUAAAGAGCAAAGAUUGAAGCACUUCACUCAGAGAAAGCUGUUUUGCAUUGCAAGAGAAGACGAGAGCCUGGCCGGGCACUUUUGCAGCAACAGAUAGGUGCGCAUUGGUGCAUUGCCUGUGGCACCUGUCAGAGGAAGACCCCAAUUCUCCUCUAAUGUGAAUUAAAGGAAAGGUGAAUCUCAGGGAUCGUGCCUGCACACACGCUCCUGUCCCUGGGAGUGCGGCUUUUGCCGAGGGAGGCCCUGCCAGAUAUUGCCUCCACGUUGCAAUGGCGCAACAGCUCGGUGGUGCUUCAAAUCCCACUGUGCCCAGUUCUGCACUGGGACCCGAACAGGUUAAACUCCUUUUGGCCGCAAGUGAAGAAGCCAAGCAGUUUGCCUACUGCCCCUACAGCAACUACCCAGUGGGGGCUGCCCUCCUGACCUCCGAUGGGAAGAUCUUCUCUGGUUGCAACAUUGAAAAUGCAUGUUACCCGUUGGGCGUGUGUGCUGAAACGUACGGCAAUCCAGAAGGCAGUGUCAGGAAGGGCAUACAAAAAUUUCGAGCUAUAGCUAUUAUUUGCAACAGCCAAGAAACGUUCGCGGUGCCCUGUGGGGCUUGCAGACAAGUGCUCAGAGAGUUCGGCAAACAUUGGGAAAUCUUCUUGGCCAAGGCAGAUGGGACGCACAUUCAGAAGACUUUGGAGGACCUGCUGCCUUUCUCCUUUGGACCAGAAAACCUGAAGAUGGUCUGAAGAGCACAAGAAACAAGAAUCCACCCACAAAGGCUUUGGUGACCUUAAUGAUGACAGAGUCCUUUUCAAAACAAUCUACUGUAUUGCAGAUU